CUUUCCCAAACCUCCUUUCCGAGUCUUCGCCCCAGCUCGGGCAGGGUGCAAACUGAAAGUGGAAAACCGCGGGGCUGCCGGCCGCCGAACGAGCCUCCUACCCCGAGACAAGAAUUUUUUGAUGCCUUCUGGUUUGAAGAAUCUCCAGCUGCUCUGUUGAUAGCUUAAGAAGACUGCAUACUGUUCCCGCUCGAUGCCAAGCCAGGACCUUGCAGAACCUGGGAUCUCAGUCCUUCAUGGAAACCAGGUCCCAGCAGGAAUGACAGUGGAAGAAAUUUGUACCCAGAUGGUUCCUCCACGUGAAGUUGUCUUGGGCUGUGGGGCGACUCGAGAACACCUGGUAACCAGGCUAGCCCUCUGUCAGUCACCCAGGGCCGGGCAGCAUGGUGUGGAUUCAGAGGAGGAAGCUUUUGGCAUCUUGCCUAUGCAUCUCAGCCUCCGUCUUUCUGCUUGUCACACUCCAGGUAGUGGUUGAACUGGGAAAAUUUGAAAGGAAGAAGUUUAAAAAUUCCGAUUUACCAGAUGGACAGGCAAAGAUGGAAGAGGAGUCUGCGCAUCUCUAUCCACUGCCUAGGAAAGAAGCACUGACCUUGAAUAGGAAAACCCAACUGGAAACUGAUAGCUACCCCAUCAUGCUCUGGUGGUCCCCACUGACCGGGGAGACUGGAAGGCUCGGCCAGUGCGGGACAGAUGUGUGUUUCUUCACCAUCAACCGGACCUUUCUACAUCAUCCCAUGACCAAAGCAUUCCUCUUCUAUGGCACUGACUUUAAUAUAGAUAGCUUACCUUUGCCUCGGAAAGCCCAUCACGACUGGGCCCUUUUUCACGAAGAGUCUCCGAAAAACAAUUAUAAGCUCUUCCACAAGCCAGUCAUCACCUUGUUCAACUACACUGCCACGUUCAGCCGCCAUUCCCACUUGCCCCUGACCACCCAGUACUUGGAGGGCGUAGAAGUCCUGAAGUCACUCCGAUACCUGGUCCCUUUGAGGUCCAAAAACAACCUUCGAAUAAGACUUGCUCCACUGGUGUACGUCCAGUCAGACUGUGACCCGCCGUCAGACAGGGACAGCUAUGUUCGAGAGCUGAUGACUUACAUCGAGGUCGAUUCCUAUGGUGAGUGUUUACGAAACAAAGAUCUCCCUCAGCAGCUGAAAAAUCCAGCCUCUAUGGAUGCCGAAGGCUUUUAUAGGAUCAUCGCACAGUAUAAGUUUAUCCUUGCCUUCGAGAACGCAGUGUGUGACGACUACAUCACUGAGAAGUUCUGGAGACCUCUGAAGCUGGGGGUGGUCCCUGUGUAUUAUGGGUCCCCCAGCAUUGCAGACUGGCUCCCGAGUAAUAGAAGUGCUAUUCUCGUAUCAGAAUUUGCUCACCCUAGAGAACUAGCAAGUUACAUCAGACAACUGGAUCAUGAUGACAGACUAUACGAGGCUUACAUAGAAUGGAAGCUGAAGGGUGAGGUGUCCAAUCAGCGACUUCUCGCAGCGCUCAGGGAACGGAAAUGGGGAGUGCAAGAUGUCCACCAGGACAACUACAUCGAUGCAUUUGAGUGUAUGGUGUGCAGCAAGGUGUGGGAUAAUAUCCGGCUUCUGGAAAAGGGUUUACCACCCAAAAGAUGGAAGGCUGACGUGACACACCUGAGUUGCCCAGAACCUGCGGUGUUUGCUUUCUCACCUCUGGCUCCACGUUGGAGCUCUUUGCGGGACAUGUGGAUACCAAGCUUUGAGCAAUCCAAGAAAGAAGCCCAGGCACUAAGGUGGCUGGUUGAUAGGAAUAAAAAUUUUUCAGCUCAAGAGUUUUGGGCCCUGGUAUUCAAGGACUAAUUUCUACAAGUGUCAGAAUGAUAUAGACUAGAGCUCUCUUGAGGUUUAUUUUCUAGGUUGCCUUAAUAUAUGAAUAUCAUAGCUACUUUGUUGACUAUCCUUUAGGAUAAGGAGUACUUGCUGCCGUACUCAUGAUGAGCCCUUGCACAUAAUGGAUGUGAAUUGCCCUUAGGGGUCACCUCUAUAUUUUUUAUACUAAAAAAGUAAAUAUUUCUUAUGGUCACCUUCCAUUUACAUGUCUGGACCGAUGUACCUGCCGCUUUUUGUGGAAAUUCAGCUAAUGUGAAUUGAGUGCUCCCCUCCCUGCAAGGGAGGCAGAGGGCGGAGCUGUGGAUUCUUGAUACUCACCUCACAGUCUGCAGUUUAUUAGUAUUUGGCAAGCCCAGUGUCCUGAUGCUGAGCAUGAACGUGAAAUGCAUUAGAACUUGGCAAUGAGAGAUUCCAUCUGUUGGUUUCCAGGGAUGUAAGUGAGUAAUAAAAGCUGUGUGAAUUUUAUCCGCUUUUUCUCUUCAAGUUAGAAGAAUGUAUGCCUGUCUGCCUUCUUACUCUUACUACCUCUCUUUCUUCUUUUCAUCUUGCCCUGCCUCCUCCCCCAUUUUCCCCCCCUGAAGUGGAAUGUCUUCUGAAGAUAAGCCUCCUCCUUGUGUGUUUUGAACAGUGAGAUGUUCUCCAUGGUCCCUUAUCCUGCAGAACAGAGUAAUAAUCAUGUGAUCCCGGCCGGACACCCUGUACCCUCCGAUCAAUGUGAGAGUGGAAGUGAAUGGCCCCCAGGAACUCUGGUUGUGUUGUGUAGGAUGAUGUACAGCCUGUAAUAGUGGGCAAUCCACUCUGGUGGGUGAGCAUUCCUUGUCAUUUCUGAUCCUGUCACAGAGAAGUUUCAGCUGUCCUGUUGGGAGCAUCCACUGGAGCUCCUUGAAAGACAAGGAGACAACACUGGCUCGCAUUUUCUUCCCAUGUGGGGGUGGGGAGGCUUUUAGAGGAUCCUAAAGCCUGUUGUUACCGGACAUAUCCUGGCUUUGGUGCUCUUUAUUGUGGAAAGACGUCAGCUCCCGAGGACAGGAAGAGUCCCUGAUUCUCAUGUCCCCUAUGUGGUGUGCGGGUGAAACUUAGGACAGCUCCCGUGGUGCCAGCUACCUCUUUACCCCAGGCCAGUGCCUUCAUGUGCCAGCCAUGUGCAAUCUCUUCCACGAGGAGUGCUCUCUCUGGCUGUGCAGGGAGAAUGAGGACUGAAACCAUUGCUUCAUGUGCCUGAAACCAGUCCAUUUGCUCAGGAACAAGAAAGGUCACAUUGCUGGGUGGGAGAAGGUUCUAUGACUGCAUUUUUCUCCAUCCCAGCACUGCCAUUAACUGAAUAUGAUUUGGUACAACUCUCUUAACCUCCCUGGGCCUUAGUUUUUGCACCUAAAAAGAAGCGAUUGGGCUGGUCUUUGAAGUUCUUCUCUGCAUAAUGUUCUUUGUUUAUCAAAAUUAAGAAGCUUAAUUUUGUAGAAGUUUUUACUCAGGCAGUAGCAAAUCCUUUAGAGCCACUGCAUGGUUUUCAAGGGAAGAAAGCUCUUUGGAGGAAGAAGCAUACUUCUUGGGUAGUAUUAGAGAUAGAAAGUAGGUUAUCUCUGCCAUUUUUUUUCUGAUGAUAUCCAAAGGGAAAGCAUUGGAAAGGGAGAGUGUUUGUUACAGACCAGAUUUUAAAUUGUAUAUUAAAUGAGUUUUGUUGUCGUACUCUUAGUAAAAAGCCCAGGAUGUGAUGUGUGCAUUUGGUGAGGUAUUAUCCGAGAGAUCCAGUUCUCCAUAAAUGCCUUAAACAAAUACCCAGUGCUCAUAUGCUGCAUAUAUGUUUUAAGCCUCAAUAUUGAGUGUAGUUUUGUUCUAUCUUGGUUCUUCAUCAAGACUCCGUAGACAAAAUUCUGCCUAAACUUUUCUGAAGUAUGUAGCCCUGAACAAAUUUAGGGAAAUGAAAUAAUUGAUUGUUUAAUGGGGCAUAAACAUCUUGUAGGGGAAGAGGAUGGAGGAGAGGGAAUUCCGUGGGAUUGAAAAUGAGGUGUGUUUCAGAGAAAAUAGAUUAAAAGUUCUUUGGGACUCUUUGAGUACCCAUAGAUUUGAGACUUUAAUUAUUAAUAUAUUUUUUUGUUUAGCACAUGUGUCUUCUGUAAUAGGAUUUGUAUUAAUAAGAUGGUACCCUCGUCUGUGAUAAUUGCUGUCAUGGGGUGAGAGGCGUGGCCCCACUGUAGCAGGAUUCUUAUCUGCAAAUGGGGAGCUGUGCGGUUUUGAGUUCCAUGUAAGUCCCCUCAGUGACAUUGUAUCCAUUGAUCCCAUCAGACCGUACCUUUCUCUUUACCACACUGUCUCCAUUUGUGAACUAUGAUUAAGAGAGAGUCCUCUCUCACCAGGCUGCUGUGAAGAAUGGCUCAUGGCUGUGAAGGACUUGGUAUGAUGCAACAUUCUGUUUAGGGCGUCAAUGCGUUUUGCUUGGAUUGUUCUCAGAGACCGAUUUUCUAAGUGAUAUGACAAGGUGGAUAGAAACCUUUUCAGAAAUGUUGAAGAAAGGGCUUACUAAUGUUAGUCAAUAGUCUUCAGAUCUUCACCUGAAAAUGAGAUAACUUUGACCAUUGAUCACAUAGCAAUUAUAAAAUUUCAGAACCUGAUUGUGGACUGGCUUCUUUGUUGCUCUUAAGAGCUAGAGUCCAGUAACUAGAGUAUCAGUUGAGAUUAUUGUCAUUUUAGUCACAGAUUGAAUGCAGUGUUAUAUGCGCUACUGAGAAGUGGAAGACAUAAGCAAAAAUGAACGUCCUUGCUUUGAGUCAAACGUUGUAGAUUACACAUAGGAGAACAAACCUAAUAUCUAUAGAACACUGUAUGAAUCCGAGCACAGCACAGACCUGAACUUGAAAUGUCCAGUGUUAUACUGUGCAUUUAAAAAAAAACCAUUAGUGUAGCUCAUAAUUCCUGCUAAAGAUGACAAGGCAUUAGGGGACUCCGAUGGAGAGUUAGUUUUCAGUGAAUGAUAUUAUCUGAAGCAUCAUGGGUACAACUCUACAUAAAUAACAUAUGUUUUUCUUGGAAUCUUUAACGUAUAAAAUGUAAAAGUUCACAGGCCGAGAAUAAUGGUGGUUAGUUUAUGUUUCAAAUAACUUUGCAAUCCUGAAUGUUCUGUAAAGCACUUUCUUACCCUUCUUUAGGGAAUUUCUUUGUUUUCAUUUUUGUUGUUGUCAUUAGUGAUAAUCGUCUUUGCUGCAUAAUUCUAAUGUCGACCUAUAUCUUUAUUUCUUCUGAUUAUAGAAAUAAAAAUGCUUAUAAAACUUGGAAAA